UACCCAGUACGGUACGACUCGGAAGUUGUUUAUGAAACGAUCAAGAGACACAGCAACUAUUCCACCACGCAAUCGAUCGAGUAGACACGAAACCUUAACGGCUACUACUAUCCUCUUUCCACCAUUGCGCCAUCUUCUCGAGAAACAAGAGUCCGGAACAAUCACAGAACAAUACUAGUGGCACGGUAUUGAGUAGGACGUUCCGGGGAACCAAAUACUGUAUUUCGAUUCCCAAUAAUUUUCCGUUGGUUAAAAUAAUACUUCAACGAAUGAUAUGAAGCCUCGGAAUAACAGGACCGCGUUGUUCGUCGUCACCCAGGCACUGCUGUAUUUCCACAUGGCGGCGGCCGUGGCUGUGGCAACCGACGCAAAGAGGGGAAACCUGAGGCAAACAUCAAUGUCAUCAUCAUCAUCAUCAACAACAACAACAACAACAACAACAGAAACAACAAGAACACAAAGCUCCGCACGCGACAACAACCAUGCAACAGAAGGGAAUCCCGAUUCCCAUGCGUCUCGGAGGAACGGMAACGGCAACAGGAACAGCAUCCAGAGCAGCAGGAAGCGGCUGCUCGACGAGGAACUGUGGUUCGGGUACAACAUUCUCGACGGCAAACAACCCAGAAACAGCCACGGUGUCGGUGAGAUUUCCGAUGCCCUUGCAACGGAGAGCCCGGAGCAGGCUCCGAAUCCCACGCCGGUGCCGACCACGGAACACAUUUCCAAGCAUUCCUCGGCCUCGAUCUACCGGAACAUUGAGCUGAUCGAGGCGACAUAUGCUGCUCUGGAUCACAACGAAACCGAACUGGAAAGCAUUCUGGACGAAGCCGCGGGCGAAACCACCAACGAAACAGAGAUAGCAGACCAUCCCAUCUGGGAAGACAACGCAAUAUACUAUCCAUACGAAGAGACAGAAGUGUUUGAAGUCGACACCACCAAUCAAUACAACAACAACGGUACGGUUGCUAUCGUCGAAGACGGCCUCUACAACGACACCGAUCCAAUCGAAGACGGCCUCUACAACGACACCGAUCCAAUCGGAGACGGCCUCUACAACGACACCGAUCCAACAGAAUCCAGUCCGGGAGACAGCAACGAAGACGAAGACGAGGUCACCCAGGUCACCCAGGUUGCCAGGAUUUCAGGAGAGAACCCCUUCUUGAUCGACGAAGCCGGUCAAGGUGGAGACGCAUCCCCUCCGACGAUGCUUAUACCCACUACGGCCCCCACGGCGUUCUUUGUCUUCCGAACCGACGAACCCUCCGCGGAGCCACUGGGGCCCCUUACCCCCCAAAAUGCCGACGACGACGACCUGACGUUUCUAUGGACCCCCAACUCGGACCCCGACAUUGGCGGGAAACUCGACGACGCGGUUCCGUUCGGCAGCGGCAUCCCGACGAGCAGCAUGGCUCCCUCAAACUCGACCAUGCCGUCUCUGCAACCGACGAUGAGCCCAACCGUGCUUGAGGAAACGACGAUGCUACCAACGGAGGUUCAGGAUCCAACGAGUUUCCCAACGAGGUGGUUUGUGAAGCCGACACCAACUGAUCCACCCACGGGGGGUCCGACCCCGGGUCCAACUCCGGGUCCAACCCCGCAACCAACCCGGAAGCCAACUCGAAAGCCAACGGCCAAUCCCACGCGAGCUCCAACGGAAGAGCCAACAGAGAAUCCAACAGGAGCGCCUACGGACGAGCCCACAGCUUCUCCGACCUUUAUACCAACGGAAUUUCCCACGGGAGAGCCCACGGCAGCACCGACACGAAAUCCGACCAGCAAGCCAACCCUCCGACCAACGCGUACACCGACCAUUGCACCGUCCCACGAUCCCACCCCGAGCGGAACACUGGAACCAAGUCUGUCGGUUCAGCCUACGAUUGCUCCGACCGUAUCGUACCAACCGACGGAUUCCCCUACCCGCAUGCCUUCGAAACGGCCUACCAACCGGCCAACCCUUCCCGCGUACGAGGGCAAGGUCGAGGCUACCAUGGUCUUGUCGCCCCUCGACGGCUCGCUGGAUACGCGCGAAACCAUUUCCUGGGAGGACGUCACCUCCAGGUUUGUAACGGCAUCCCUUAUCUCCGAAGCAGACCCUCCCAUGACCAACCUGUUUGUCACCACCAGGAGCGUUGACCAGUAUUCCGUGGCAAAGGAUGCAACCGGGACGGCCCAGCGGUUGCUGCAGGACGAGGGCAUCGAAGCAUCGGUGGUAUCGUACGUGAUCGAAUUCACUCUGACGAUCAAGUAUCAGUCGGUGGCAGAAGACUACGACCUCGAUGCCCUGGUGGCGUCUGCCUUUGACACACCAGAGAAAAAUGCCCUGUACAUCAAGCAGCUCCAGCGAAAGUCAGAGUCGGACGCCUUUGACACGGUCCAAGAAACAGAGGUCAAUGUGGACGGUGGCGGUCCCAUCAAUCCGGCCGCUCCGCCCAAUCCGGCACCCUCAAACCCGUUCCCCAACCCGUUCGAUCGCCCCACGGCAUCCCCGACGCAGACGCAGCCCAAGAAAGUGGACACGGCGGUGGUGGCGGGAGCCACGGUCGGAAGCAUCGCGUUCUGUGUCCUGGUCGCCCUCCUCUUGCUCCGCCGGAAGGGCGAUAGCGGCGGCGGGGAUAGCCAGCCGCCCAAGUCGUCGCAGGCGACCCCGUCAACGGGCAAGGUCACCAAGGUCUCGACGGAAAUCCUGGUGGAGCCCCAGGACGACGUGAGUACCCUCGGCGAUCCGGUCUUUGGCUUUGGCCAGGGAGGAAUGAUGAACAUGGGGGGCAUCGAGCGGGACGAAAUGACCGCGACGUGAGUGUUCUUGCGUGUUGUCUUUGUGUUGGUKCUGUGCCGCGUCUUGUCUGGCUUUGUGAUGUGUUUUAGUUUGGCCUGUUGGCUUGCUGGCUUGUUUCCUCGCGGAGUGAUUUGUUAGUUUAUGCUGCCGCGCUAUAGUAUAUUGCAGUGUUUGUGCUUCGUGUACCAUGCUGCAACGAUCUGAUUUCACACUCACGAUCCACUUGCUUGCUUACUCUUGUUGGAUUGUUGGUUGCAGUGUUGGAGACGAUUACGACUAUACCAAGCACUAUCGAAAUCCACGAGGUCCACUCUCGCUCUCCGGCACAACAAAUACGCGAGAUCGCAUCACGUCGGAAGACAUGUCGUCGAGGAUGUCAUCCGCUCCGUCCGUAUCCAUGAGCAAACUCGGAAAGAUGGGCGAAAACCUCUUUGCGGACGACGCUUCCUUUGAGGAACAAUUCUUAGACCCCGAGGAACGCCUCGACGUCGUGGCUCCCGCCGGCAAGCUCGGCAUGGUGAUCGACACCCCUAACGGGGGCAUCCCCGUAGUCCACGCGAUCAAGGAAACGAGCGUCCUUGUGGACCAGGUCUGCGUCGGCGACCGGCUGCUCAGCGUCGACGGCGAGGACUGCACCGGCAUGACGGCCAUGCAGGUGUCCAAGCUCAUCAGCCUGAAAUCGGAAAAGCCGGCCCGGGUGCUGGUCUUUGCAAGGUCGUCCUCCACGUCGAACCCCACGAGCAACCGAGUGAACAAAUAACCACCAACUACUACUAAUAACGAACCGUGCCGAUCGUCGCACGAAUCGAAUACUAUAGAAUGUCUGUACUACAAGCCAACCCUUUCGUCCUAGUUUGACCGUCGGGGCACGCACACACGACGCGACGUGGACGCCUAGAACACAAGGUUUUGUUUCGAUGUGAUGUGCACGUGCGGAGUACUGUAUAGAAUAGACAGCACACAAACGAAGCGAAACGCACGAACGAUCCACGAAUACUAUCAUCUAUUGCUGUUGUUGUAGAUUUCUAAAAAAUGUUUCCGAGCUGCCCGUCCGUCCGUGUUUGUGCGUGUUACCUAUCCUGCGAUUGCCGCUUGCGCUCGCAGCGGGUGGAUCGAUGCGAUGGAUGGUUCGGAACCGCACCGUGGUGUUCCUCGUGUCUGGUUUGUCCCAGAGCAAGAAAAAGUCGUGUUUGGC